GUACUUGUACCCUUCAGUGAUAUAUCUUAACUCUGAUUCAGCUACAACACUGUGUAAAACUGACGUGAGUGUCACGUACUUGUACCCUUCAGUGAUAUGUCUUAACUCUGAUUCAGCUACAACACUGUGUAAAACUGACGUCACUUGAUAAAAGGGACCACGCUAGACGCCCCGCACCACAAUGAGUUUUGCCCCAAAAGUGAUUCUGUACCAGAUAUCGAGAGGACCAAGGGCGCCAAGUUUAUCCCCAUUUGCUUUCAAGUUGGAGACCUUUCUUCGAAUGGCGAAAAUAGAAUAUCAGAAUGAUUUUAGUGUCAAGCGCUCGUCCAAAGGCAAGAUUCCAUGGAUGAAAUACGAAGGAGAGGCCGUGGCUGACUCUCAGUUCUGUGUGGAGUAUCUGAACCGGAAGUUGAACAUAGAUCUUAACAGUCACCUGACCGAGGAACAACGGGCUGUUGCGCAUGCCUUUCGAAAGAUGGCGGAGGAAAACCUAUUCUGGUGUAUGGGCCUGUCCCGGGCUGAGAACCUGGACUACGUGAAGAAACACAUCAAGUUGAACAAACUGGUAAUCUGGAUCGGAACACGAAUUUACCUGAGUAAUACGAAAGCGCACGGAAUCGGCCGACACACCCAUGAGGAAGUGUUGCCCAUUAUGGAGGAAGAUUUGAGAUCAUUAUCAGUCUACCUUGGGACAAAGAAAUUCUUUUUCGGCGAUCAACCAUGUGAGACAGAUGCUGCUUUGUUUGGACUGUUGUGCCAGUUUUGCUGGCAGUGUCCAGGAAGCAAAGGGGAACAACUCGUGAACGACAAGUUCACAAACCUGGUGGAGUAUUGCGAGCGAAUGAAGGCGACAUUUUGGCCGGACUGGGAGGACUGCAUCACGGCGGACGGAACUAAAACUGCAACAUAUAAAAUGACAUGA